CCCGCCCCCUGCCCCGUCCCGUCUCGCUUUCCGGCAGCGGCUGUGGGGGCGGUUGGCGCCUUUGUCCUCGCGGCGGCGGCGGCUCCGGGCCCGGCGAGUUGCAUUUGGAACCAAAGCAAAAUGGCUCGAGGACGCAAGAGCAAUAGCAUCAAUCAGAGCGACUUCACUAACAGCGCCAAUCCGCAGGAUUUAGAGAGAAGACUUUUUGUCGGCAAUUUGCCUACAGACCACAUGACCCGGGAAGAAAUGGAAGAGAUAUUUUCAAAAUAUGGCAAAAUCAGGGCCCUCAGCAUGUUCCAUGGCUAUGGGUUCGUGCAGUAUGACCGUCUAGAAGACGUCCAGGCCGCUCUGGACGGUGAGAAGGGCCGCCUUUUUAAAGGGUAUAGAUUAGAUAUUAAUAAAGCAGCGGAAAGAAGAAAUAUGAAUAAGGCUUCAUCAAGGUCCAGCCCAGGACGAAGGGAGCCAUAUGUGUACGGAGAUGGCCGGGAUGGAAGACGUGAUCGGUCCCCUCUUCGAGGGAGCCCCCGAAGAGAACCAAGGGAUAGCAGGGAUGGUAGAAACGGCCGAGAUUCCAGGGAUGCGCGCGAGAUUCGUGGGCGAGAUAUGCGUGACUCCAGAGAUGCCAGAGACCACAGGGACCCCCGGGACAUGAGGGACCCUCGCGACUUCCGGGACAUGAGGGACCCUCGCGACUUCCGGGACCCCCGAGAUGUGAGGGACCCUCGCGACUUCCGGGACCCCCGAGAUGUGAGGGACCCUCGCGACUUCCGGGACCCUAUGUAUGAUCGCUACAGGGAUGUGCGGGAGCCCCGGGAACCUGUGUACAGGAGAGAGGAAUCGUAUGACCGCUACAAUCGCGUGGAAGACUACUACCGGAAGAAGGAUGACUCUUGCUAUGACCGUUACAGAGAUGACUUUGACAGACCCCCCUUGAGUUCAGAAGAGCGACUGAAACGUGAGGAGCGCCGCAGGGAGGAGCUGUACCGCCAGUAUUACGAGGAAAUCAAGCGGCGCUUUGAAGCAGAGAGGCCUGUGGACUGUUCUGUCAUAGUGGUCAAUAAGCAGACAAAGGAGUAUGCGGAGUCAGUAGGACGGAAGGUGCGGGACCUGGGCAUGGUGGUGGACCUGAUUUUCCUCAACACUGAGAUGUCGCUGUCUCAAGCCCUGGAGGACGUGAGCCGAGGCGGCUCUCCCUUUGCCAUUGUCAUCACCCAGCAGCACCAAGUUCACCGCUCUUGCACUGUCAACAUCAUGUUUGGCACGCCCCAAGAACACCGCAAUAUGCCCCAAGCUGAUGCCAUGGUGCUGGUGGCAAGGAACUAUGAGCGCUACAAGACAGAGUCGCGGGAGAAGGAGCGUGAAGAAAUAGCCCGGCAGGCUGCCAAGAUGGCGGAUGAGGCGAUCCUGCAGGAGCGUGAGCGGCCGCCCCCCGUGGAGGAGGGGGCACGAGGGGGGCACCCCCCUGGGAUCCAGGUGCUCCUGAACCUGCUGGCAGACAACCGCUACCUGACUGCUGAAGAGACUGACAAGGUCAUCAAUUACCUGCGAGACCGGAAGGAGAGGCUGCUCCGGGGGAGCUCUGACCCUUUGCAGGCUCCUCUGUCAAGACAGUCCCUUGGGGCCCCUUCGGGAUCCUCUCUGGCUGGCCAGUCCAGCCACUCCAGCUCCCAAGCCCAUCAGAGCACCCCAGCCCUUGCUUCUGCCAGCUCUGCUCCAGCAUCCUCUGCGAACCCCCAGCAGGAGCUGCAGGCAAAGAUUCUCAGUCUCUUCAAUAGUGGGGCGGCAGCAGCAGCCGCAGCAGCAGUGGUCAAUAGCAGCUCCGUGGUGCCCCCGGCAGCCUCGGGCGGUCCUCAGAACCCGAACUUAAACCAGUCCCAGCAGAGAAUGCAGACCCCGGGCAGCCAGCUCCCUUCACUCGCCGCCGCUGCCAGGAAUGCAGGCCCGCGGCCUGGAGCGCCGCAGCAGGGCCCCGCACUCUACGGGCAGCACCAGAAUCGUCUGCCAGCCCCGAGCAACGUGGCGGCCCAAAGGCCAGUGUCUUCUGGCAUCAACUUCGACAACCCCAGCGUGCAGAAAGCCUUGGACACCCUCAUCCAGAGUGGUCCUGCGCUCUCCCACCUGGUGAGCCAGACGGUGGCCCAGGGGCGGGCGGGGGCCCCAGCCCAGCAACCCAUGGGCUCCUACCAGCGGCACUACUGAAGCUGAGCUGGAGUCCCCCCUUCCUUCCCUCCCCCUGCAUUGCCAUACUCCUAGUUGUUUAAAGAGUCUCCUCCUGCCCCCGAUGCGGGCCCAUGUCCUGGCACAUGCAUGUCCUCUCUGCUGUGGCAGAGCUCACACCAGCACCACGGCUGCUGGUGCUGCCUCUGCUCUCCUCUCUUCUCUUCUCUUUGGCUCGGUUGGGUGCAUCUCCAGAGCAAAAAAUGAGCUUGGAGCUGCUUUGGGUCACUGACUCUUGUUCCAGCUGGAACCUGUUCCAGUGGCAGCGCAUCUGCCCCUCCCCAAUGCUGGCAUGGUGUGGCAUGUGCGCCCCACAUGCUCCGCCUGGCUUUGGGGUCAGUUUAGGGUAUGCGGUUUGGGGUCAGUCUUUGAGGGGCGUGGACAAGGGGGAGGGUGCGGUGCGUGGCCUGGGUUUUUGGGCUGCUUUGCUGGUCCCUGAUAAGUGCUUGCAGAGGUGGUGAUCAAAGGCCAGUUGUGCUCAGGGCUCUGGGUAGUGGCCUUGUUUGGGAGGGGCCAGGUGGGGCAUGUGGUAUGUGUUUGGUUGGAUGAGCAGUGGCCUGUGAGCCACGCAGAAGGCGCAGAGCAGCAAUGGCACUUGGCUGUGCCUAUGCAGCGUGGGCCUGUGCCAGACUUGGUCACCAGCUAGAGCAAGGCAGUGCUAGCACAGUGAGCCCAGCACGGGUCCCCUGCCUUGCCCACAUCAACAGUCCUGCCACCUUUAGGGCUGGCACUGGGGCAGAUAACAUCAGAGCUCUGUGCUGAGGCUAGGACAGAGACCCCAAAGGCUCUGCCCACUGCCCUGGACCCACAGCUAGCAUCACGAGCAGCCUGUGGCAUAUAGCCUAGAAGUUUGCUAGACGAUCAGCUGGUGGGCAGGUCUGCGCUCAGCCCAGCUGUCGUGUUGCUGCUUGUGGGCUCUGGUCCGUGGUGGGGGACGGGGCAGUGCUGAGAGACUCCUUUGGUUUUAUAAAGUUUUUUUCUCCCAAUGUUCUUGUAGCUCCAGCAGGCCCUCGGGUGGGAUUUGGGCAGUGCCCCAGGCCCACGUGCUGCUGGCAGGAUGCCUGAUGACUCUGGCCGGCUCACUUCCAAUGCACGUCCUUCUGUGAAGCCACGAGGCUUCCCGGGGGCUGGGGUGGGGAGCAGAAGGAAAUGGUGAGGCAGCGCGGGCCGGCACUGCAGCGGUUGUCCCGGAUGGUUUGUGUUGUAGCGUUCUCCUCUGUGCUGUUAACAUGAGGACAUGACUUUUUAAUAAAAAGGCAGGACGAA